AAUAUAGCAGCUUUAAAACUGAAUCAGAUGCAGCAGGUUUUAUUUGCCAACAUUAGUCUGCCUCACCUCUCAGCAUCAGCUCUUCCUGUCAUACCUGCUGUUUCUUCACUUUUAAAAAAAAAAAAAAAAAAAAAAGUCUAUUGCCUCUCUGUUCCUUUAAGUGUCUUGUUCUCUCUGUACCCUGGCUUUUCUUUUAGUGGUCCCUGAUUUUUGGUAAUGCAUUCUGACUUAGUCAGUCUUCAGUCUGCCUCACAUGUUUACUUUUAACACCGUUGUGAUUUCUGCACAUCACACACCUGACUCCCUCUGUCAGAUGGACUGAACCAUUUCACAACACCCGCAGGGUUGGGAGAAUCAGAUGGCAUAUCUAAAUUUGUUUCAAUGAUAAAAAUAUAUUUAUUUAUUGCAGUGGCAGCUCCAAAGUUUUGGAACGAUAUGCCUCUGCAUGUUAGGCAAGCCCCCACUCUGCAGGUGUUUAAAUUACGCCUCAAGACACAUUUUUAUUCUUUGGCUUUUUCAAGCACAGCCUGAGUGAUUGGUGUUCUUCAUGUGACGCUGUGUAUGUUUUUUAUUUAUGAGUUGUGAUUGUGAGUUGUUACCUGUAUUUUCUUUUACUUGUAAAGCACUUUGGUCUCAGCUCUGUUGUUUUAAAUGUGCUUUAUAAAUAAACUGGUAUGGUAUGUUAUGGUAUGUAAAUACAUAUAAUGUAUAUUGUCAGUGAUAUAAAUCAGAAAGUAAAUUGUUGUACUUGAGCCAAUUCUUGGCCCCCCCUUGGCCUUGGGCCGGGGUCAUCUGUACCCUUUGAUCCCCCCUGAUGGCUGGCCUGGGUGGAAGCAUCAAAAGUUUUAUGUAUUGAUUUAUUUCAUUAUUCAAAAAUAUGAAAAUGAUACCAAAUGGCCACUCUAACCAUUAGAUGUUAUAAAAGUCUUCAUGUUGUUUUCAUUAUGAUCACAAUAAGGUUAAAUAGAGUCUACAUAAAAUGAAUUUACUAGCCCAGUGCACAAUGUUUUGCUGAAAACACAUGUUGGUACAAGACUUGAGUAAUCGGCCUGACACAGACUGUUUCACAGAAUGCUGACAAGAAAACUGCACAUUCAGCAUCUUUGCAUUUUGUGAAAUCUGUUCUUCCGUUCAGUGCAACAAGUGGUUCAUGUUGUGCAAUUGUCAAAUAGAUGCUGUUUUUCUAUGUAGAUCACACAAACUGUAAGUGCUAUAUUUUCCACAAUCUCCAGCAGUGCUCUUCAUGCCUUGUGACUUUGGAGGUGGCAGUUGUUUGUUUCAACCAGAAGCCCAAGCUGAGUUCACUUAUGAGUUCACCGUGUCUGAUUUAAAUUGUGUUUAUGAUGCACCACUGGUGUUGAGAUUGAUUUUGGAUGGCCAAGUGUCCUGAGUUUAUUAUCAACCUAGUCUGUUAGGUUCAACCUUAAUCCGAUUUCUCAGACUAAUUCAUUUGCAUUUAGAGAGACAGGAGGCUCUAGCUCCGCCUGCUGACCAACCCCCAAUUCCUGCCCCUCCGGCCACAAGUAUAAAGAAAACCACACAAGGAUGUAAAGUGUGUGGUACAUAUCCAAGCAUUUGCAUACUUCUUUUGUGGAUUGAAGUUACAGAAAGUAAAUAGAUUAGGUUUUACUUUAAGAGAUUUAUAUAUUACUUUGACCGUGUUGUCAUCUUUACAAGCAGAGGGAUCCAGCUCAUGAAGCAGAUGUAAAGAUGUCUGUCGAGUACCAGGCCUCUACAAUGACCAACAUGGACAUAGACAACAGUAAAGUUGGCUAUAAGCAACUUUUAGACGAUGGCAGCAAGCUCCGGUAUUCAGUAUAUGCACUGAGGAACAGCCCCUUCAGAGCUGCUACUGUUGGUCUUGGGCUGCUGUGUGUGCUCCUGUUGGCCGUGGUCAUAGGUCAGAGUGUCCACUACCAGAAAGUCGGACAAGACCAUCAGAACAACCUUAAAGCCAUGACUAAUGAGAAAGAGAAACUACAGGAGGAUCUGAAGACAGAAAAAAAGCUUAAAAAAGAGCUUGAGACCUCCCGCAAUCAGUUACAGAAAACAAACGAUUACUUAUCUAAAAGACGAGACCAAUUACAGACCAACAACAAUAUACUGACCCAAGAACAGCAACAACUGAAAUCUAGCCAAAGUCAGUUGCAGGCCAGUAACGCUGCUAUCACCAAAGAGAAAGAACAGCUAAAAGCCAGUAAAGACCAGUUACAGAGUAGUUUCACUGUCUUGUCGACAGCCAAAGCCUCAUUACAAAAACAAUACGAUUUAGUGCUAAAGCGCAAAAAUGAGGUACAGGCCAGUUUUGAGACGGUGACCAAAGAGAGGGACAAUUUACAGAACAAAUUCAAUAAUGUAACCAGAUCAAAAGACCAACUGCAGCUGAGUUACAAUGAUUUGAUAAAGCGUGUCGAGCAUUUGCAGGACAGAUACAACUUCUCCACCAGCGAGAAAGACAAGCUUGCUAGCAGUCACCAAAACCUGACAAUAUCAAAAGAAACUCUGCAGGCCACUUAUGACCUACUUGUAAAGGAGACAGAUAAGUUGCGGGCUACGUAUGCAUCCUUGGUUCAGGAAAAAGAAGAGAUUGAAAGCGAUUGCAAAAAUGCAACUGUGGAUAGAGACCUGCUGAAGGUGAACAAUUACAACCUGACUACUGAGAGAGAUCAGCUGAAGGCGGAGGUUGAGAGACUGAAGGGACUGGUUCCAGCUAGGAAGUGCCCCACCGGCUGGAAGAGGUUUGAGCAGAGCUGCUACUUCACUUCUGUUAGCAAGAAAAGCUGGAGUCAGGGCAGGAGCUACUGUCAAAGCAAUGGUGCAGACCUGGCGAUCAUAAAAAGCCAAGAUGAAAUGCUAUUCAUCAACGGCUUGUAUUCAACUGACAAAGAAGUCUGGAUUGGACUGACUGAUGAAGGAAUAGAAGGGCAGUGGAAAUGGGUAGAUGGGACAACACUGACCACAGCGUUCUGGGAUAAAGGCCAACCUAAUAGCUAUGACGGGAGGAACCAAGACUGCGUGGAAUUCUGGCACCGUGCAACAGGAACAGGCGCCUGGAACGAUGAGAACUGUGAUCUAGAACAAAAUUUUAUCUGUGAGAUGUAGUUUUCCUGUACAGAGAGGUCUAGCGGUUUGGUUAGCCAUGCUGCCAGCUGUCUGGUGCUGAUGAUAAUCAUGUAGUGUAGUACUAAAAAUACAGAUAGGGACUGUUGACCGCAAAUUAGAAAUAAUCAAAAUAUCAGACACAGUUUGCUUAGAAAUCAAUAUUAUGUGACCAAUGUACACUCAAUGGCACACAGCACUGCUAACAGCUAAAGCCUGAAAUGUACUGAUUGUGAUAAGUAUGGUUUUGUGAAGUGAAAUUUAGCAGAUGGCAUGUCUUGGUGAUGUGGAACCAGCUUGGUGCAAAGGGCACUGAGAUUCUCAUAGGUGCACAUGCUGUAGAAAGAGUAACGUUAGUGGUUUAAGUCAUUUAUGGAGUGUGAGCUUGCUUUAAAAUGAGUCCUCUGGCACCAAGCCCUGCUCUGCCAAUAGUUUAAUAAUGCUGGCUAUUUUGCAUUCAGUUGUUUCAUCAGUUAGUUGGCUUGUUCUGUGACUAGGGGCCUGUUUGAGAAAGCAUGUUUAACAAACUCGGAAUCUAACCCUGAACUCUGAGUUGAUGAACACUGAGAUGGAAAACUUGUGCUUUCAGUUCCAGAACAGCUGAUCAGAGUCAGUUUAGUCAACUCUCAGUAUGUUCACUCUGAGUUAAGUUUGUGAGUGCUGAAUGAAAAAAAGCCAUCAUCAAUGGAGCUCCGAUACUACAAUUCACCAUAGCAAUAGGUAAAUGAAAGGCAGAGCCGCUAUUUUAAUCCAGUGGACAUAGAGGUUUUAAUGCAUGUAUGUGUGGACUGUAAACAUUGAUCCAAAGAAAAAAAAGAAAAAAAAAAGAAAAUAACUUCUACUCGCAAAAAGACAGAUAUGCAGGGGUUUGAUUCUGAGCUGAAGUGACUCAGUCUCGGAACCCAUCCUCUAUUGUCUGACGGCAAUACAUAUGCAGAUAUCUGUGUAUUGAGAUUAAGGCUGACUUGAUGCUGUGUGAUAUUUUAUUGUGAGGUUGAAAACCACUGUUUGAAGAAGCAAUUGUGUAUAAACGCAGUAACUUAAGAUAGCCCUGAGUAACAAACUAUUAUCCAAAUAGGAUUUUGAUUCUGACAGUAAACUUCUGCCAAUUACUGCGCUUCGAUACACGCUUUGAAACGGACUGAAUCAAUGAGGAAAUGAAACAGCAUGUCUGGCUCUGCCAGAGGGAGGAGACAGAGAGAAACUCAGGGUUUGCUGGUGGAAACCUGCCAGUGUGCAAAUUAGGUUUACAAAGUCAGUUACCAAAGUAACUAACCCAGAGUUUAAGUUACCUCUCUUACUGGAUGGAAAACCCAGAGUUUCCCUCAUCUCAGGGUUAACUUACUCAGAGUUUUCACUAAACCCGCUUUCUGAAACAGGGCCUAGGAUGAAGGUUCACACAUAGUCAAAAAACAACCGCUCAAUCUGUGCUUUAAUCAUUUAAAUGAACAUAUGGAACAAAGGCUGCUCACACUGAAGAAAACAUUUAUGUAUUGAUUCGUGUAAAUAUAUUAAAUGAGUGUUUGUAAUAAAUGGAUUCACUCAAUGUAAUAAAUAGAACUCAUAGAGUUUGACAAGACGCUCAAGUAAUUGGGACACUAAGGACAAGUCACCUUAAAUGUAACGUGUUACAAUUGUACCACAGGUGUUUUCUUUUGCUGCAUAAAUGUCAGUUGUCAGUAUCAACAGGAUUCGUCCACUCUGAAGAAACAGCAGCUGGAAAACCAGUUUGGCACAAACUAAGUAAAAAUUAUGAUCCAGGGAUAUUUUUCAAAUAUAAAUUUUUGUUUGUAUGUUGUGGAGCUAAAACCCACACUGUAGUUUGCAUGUAUCUGUUCUUCUUCAGUUAGCAUAGUUUUCACGUCAUGUAUGCUAGUUCUGGUCUGUAAGGAACUCCAAAGCUCAUUUGUAACACGUGUUCAUUUGUAACAUGAUCAUUGUAUAUAUAUAUAUAUAUAAUAUUGUAUCCAUAUAACUUUUAUUUCUGUUUUUGUCAAUUAAACUUGCAAAUAUAAAUGGACUGUGUGACUGUAA